AUGUCGGCCUCGACGCCUCCGGGAUCGCAAUCUGAUCUCUCACAAUCUGAGCGCGAGCAAGAGAGGCCAGAUGCAACUCGGCCCAGUUUGUACCAGAGACCUUCAGAAGGCUCGAGUACUUCCUUGGCACCUACAGAAGGGUUGAGCAGGAGUGCUCGACCCUCAGGAGGACCCUACUCUUCAGCGGGGGGAGGCGCUGGCGCGCUCUCGUCCUCAAGUCUUCCAUUUAGCGCGCAACCACCCCCUCUACCCCCUCCUUCUUCAGUCACACGGACGUUUUCAGGGCCUUCUGGCAACACGGGCAGCUCUUUGCCCCUUGCUGCUCAAUCGUACACAACCUCACCCCUCCCUAUGCCUCCAGCCUCAUUCACACCCGGCCUUUCCUCAUCUGCAAGCAUGCCAACUUCGCGACCACCUAGCAGCCCAUUCAGUGCGCCCUCGAUUUACCCAUCUCCCUCAGCUCCGACGAACCGAACCCCAAGAUCACCUUCAGCGCCAGACUCGGGGUCUUUUUCGCAGCCCCAUUCAUUUCCCUCGUCAGCUUCUCAGCCGAGCUCUAUGUCAAUGUAUCGACCUCCUAGUUCAGCUUCCCCGUCUGGCCUUUCGUUGGGUCCUUCGGCCCCAGCGACUUCUGCGGUAUCUAACUCUCAAUCGGGUUCCCAAUCCAUGUCGUUACCCAGUCGACCAGUAACGACUCCCGGGUCGGGGACACCUUACCCGGUUGGGGGCACUCGUUUUGCGGUUUCGAAUUCCGCUGUCGAUUAUUCUCGAUCUCCUGCGCAACAAUCGAUUCACAACUCAGCAUCAGCCUCGUUUGGUGCCUCUCCUGGUAGCCAAUCUAUGUACCAACAGUCCCCCGCACCACAGUCAAUCUAUCAACAAUCCCCAGCAGCGCCGUCGACUUACCAACAAUCCCCAGCACCCCCAGUGACCUUUCGAACCACUUCGUCAACUCAGUAUCCUGCAAGACCUACGCCGGUACGAAAAACGACACAUAGAGGCGACGUGUUUGUUGCUACUGACCCAUUCAAAACAUCGGCGAGCAGCAAGCAUGAUCAGGUUGGGGACGACGUUACCUUCGACGAUAUCCCAGUCGCUGGCCAGCCACCACAGCCACCACCUAGGCCGGUGGGUAGCGGACGACCUACAAGUGGUACACACAGUGUAUAUGGGAGCACCCCACACUCCUCAGCACCGAUGAGCCAGAGCGCGACUUACUCAGGACCAUACUCAGGUACUACUCCAACUUCACGCCCCUCGGCGCAAACGCCGUCCACCAGCGGCUAUACGAGACCACAAUCGUCGUCUGCACCUGGGUACGCGACGAGCCCCGUAUACAGCUCACAACCAACACCUUCCAUUUCUUAUGGGGGUAGCUCAACUGCCCCUGCUUAUUACGGUAGCCCGUCGCAAUCGCAAUCACAGCCCAUGCGAGCAUCUUCUCCUCCAUCAUCUGUCCCGACAAUGCCCCCAUCGCAAACGCCAAUAGCGACUCCAGUGCAGCAAACUCCGAUGCAAAGCACGUCACCUAUGCCGACCUCUUCAGGAAACACGUCUAGUUCCGUUCCGGCUGAUUCUAGUAUUCCGGCUAGCACCCCUUACCAACCUCUUGAUCCAAUCCCGUCGUCCCCAACGAGUCCAGCCUCUGGCACGGACACGGAACAACCUGCCAGCCAGACACCGCGGCCAUCUAGUCCUUACAUUCCUCCUACUCCUUACAAUCCCCCUACUCCCUACAAUCCCUCUACUCCUUACAAUCCUCCUACACCUUACAAUCCUCCUACUCCGUACAAUCCUCCUGCUCCCUACAAUCGCCCUUCUCCUUACAUUCCUCCUCCUACUACCUACAAUCCUCCUACUCCCUACAAUCCCCCUACUCCUUUCAUUCCUCCUAUUCCCUACGAUCCCCACAAUCCUGCUACUUACCCCCCUGUUAACCUGGCUCCUUAUCCCGGAUAUAAUCCCCCAGUUUACACCAGCCCGUUUCCCGAUGCGUACAACAACCCAUAUGACCAACCUCAACCAGGUUCCCCCACCUGGCCCAAUUCACCCAUCUAUCCGCCUGGACCACUGUGGACACGUCCGGACUCCAUCAAAUCUUACAAACCAUCCUUCUUCCACCAAGUAUUAACCACCCUCGCCUGGAUCUUCUGCUUGCCGUGCAUGUUCUUACUUCGCCGGCGCAGACAAAAAUUGGGAGGGAAUUACAGCGCACCAAUGGCAGACGACUUGGGGGAAAAGCCCACAGACUCAAAAGUCGUUCUAACUUACAUCGUCCACACCUUCCCACGUCAGGCGUAUCUGCACAUGCUCCUCCGCCUGCCGGAGCUCUACUUUUCUCGCGUGGCGCGGAUAUUCGAGGAGGCUGAUUUGAGUUUGCCGGAGAUUAAGAAGAUGGCGCUGGAGACGGCGUCGAAGGGUAAAGAGACGCAUUCGAUACAUAUGGCGUUUGAGACGUCGUCGGUCCCGCCUGCGUAUGAGAGCUUGAAGCUUACUUGGGAGUCGUUUAUAGAUUGCGUGAUGAGGGAGUGGAAGACGUUUAAUGUUAUUUCGGUUUUGUUGCUAUCUGCCAUUCUUACCAUUCUACAAAUUCAGUCUGCAGCGGACGAUCCCGUUGUUCGAUACUCUUCGUUGUUCUCGCUGAUUUGCGCCUUGUUCAGUUUGCUGUAUGGGUGUAUGUACAUCAUUCGAUUCGGAAGCAUGCGCAAGACAUACAAGGCUGCCGAGUGGGCUUUGGAAGCAAAAAAGUCCAGGACUGCAGUGUUGUGGAACGUGUGGAUUCUUCUGGCGAUGCCGGCUAUCUGGCUGACGUGGUCACUGAUCCUCUACAUUUUCUGCAUCAUGGCCUUUAUAUGGCGGAGUGGGACUGAUGAUAGUACACCACCCACGCCGCUCUCAAAACAUGCAACCUUGGGUAUCCGGAUUACUAUUACCAUUGUUGUGGCCAUUGGCGUUAUCUAUGGGUUCCUCGUUCUGAACACCUUUAAAUGCUACGGUACGCGCAUGGACAAGGCUUGGAAAGAACGUAUCGAUGGAUGGUUGGAAGAGAAAGCCCAACAGCAGCAGGACGGCCAGGGACCAAACCCAUAUUCAAUGGUACCUACCUCACCAGUGAUGUAUCUUCCACCCGACCGCCAGCCGACUUAUAACUCUGAUUACCAAACCCCAUACGACCCCCCACAAUCCUAUAGCUAUGGUUCCUCAUUCCCAGGUUACGUCGAUCCCAGCGCUCCGGAGCCAUACCGACCUCCCUCAACUUACGGAAGGAUAUCUCCAUUCAUGGGCCGCGUUCCAUCCUACCGAUCGACUGCGUACCCUCGUCAAGGAUACCCGUAUGAUCCUGACUCAAAGCACCGUAGCAGACCGAGUGCGCCGUCUACGGACGCUUACACCCACGCUUACCCACCAUAUGUCCCACCCAGCUAUACCUAUGGUCCAUUCCCAGACAAAGAGAAGAGGGAUACAUCACCUCCCCCUGACUCUCCACCUAACUCGCCCGACGCCGUCUCUUCUUCUAUUCAUGUCACUGCCCCUCAAUCUCAAUCUCAACAAUCCCAUUCCAGACCAACCACACCUGAACUCCCACCCCCCUCCAUACGCUAUGUACAAUCUGGUGCACGGCCCUUCCCUAGCCCCGGACUCAAACUCCCUCUUGCCUCCCCAACCCCGAGUGUUUUAUCCGACAUGCAACCCACACCCAACACGAUAGCCAACACGAUAGCCAACACCAAUAUAGCUCCCCCAACGCCGUCCACUAUCUCCUUGCGGAUCGACCCCGGCCAUCGAUCCACGUCCAGGUCAUCUGCGUAUGAUUCCGCUCCAAACACGCCUGAGCGUGAGCGCGAUGAAGACGGGGAGAGGGGAAGAUUGUUACACAGCCCUCAUGUUCAUUUCGUUGACCCGUCGACUCCUAGUGCUACAUCGCAAGGGGGAGGGUCGGCGAGCAGUAUUCGAACCAGCUUUGGUCAUGACCUUUCGCCUUCUGACGAGGCUUUGCUUUCGAGGAGGUCUUCUGGCGUUGUUUCGUCUGGCGUUGGUGACAGCCCCUCGACUAGUGCCUUGAACCCGCCAAUCGUGGCACGCUCGGGAUCCAAGGAUACGUUGAACACGGCGUUGGAUGCGCUAUUCCAGAAGAACAAGAAACCAUAAUCGCCUUGGUCUCCAUUUCGUCUUUCUACAUCUAUGUAUUACUCAUUUCUGGUUCUCUGGAUUACAUGCUUGCUUACUGCCGAUUUUUCGUUUCACACUGAAGUCCUAGCUACAUGCUUGUAACAACGUUACGGAUAAAACCUUUGGUUGAUAGGCCAGACAUCGCUU